AUGCAGAGGCAGAGGCGGAAACACCGAAUUCGGAUUGAGUCUGCUGAUGUUGCUGGUGGUGGUGGUGGUGUGAGGCUCUCUCGUGGCCUUGUCAAAUGGAACACUCAGGAAGUUGGUGACAGUGGCGACAAAGACGGGGAGGGGGCAAGAGUGGCGGUAGGGGUGGAGGAGGAGGAGGAGGAGGAGGAGGGCACAAGCGAGCGCACUGACACCUCGCCAUGCACGCAGAGGCGCAUGCGCGUGUGGGAGAGCUACACCAAUCAACGCUCAAUUCCACUGACCAAUAGCGCUCACCUGAAAUUGAGCUCAUCUACUGCCCUCCUACCAUUACUAUUGCUUAUCUAUGCCGAUUUGAUCCAUUCACCCAAAUAUGAGGCUAAGUAG